CUGCACUCACCUCUUGCAGCAGCACUGUAUUGCACCGGUCCGCUCAUUGGCCACCGCUCUACCGCUCGGCGAAGAUCAAACCAUCAUGGCUGCAGCGCUGUCCCGAGCACUAAAACUCCCCGGUAAGAAGGGGUCCCAGCUAGGGGAGUAUGACCCUCUCACCCAGGCCGACAGCGAGGACGAAAGUGAAGAAGAUGACCUGGUCCUCAACUACCCUCGCAACGGCCUGGCCAGGGCGGGCUGCCUGGGCCCCGGGCCCUCGGACCCCCAGGGGGGCCGGCCCCGCAGGCUGGACCACAGCGAAGACGAGGCAGAGGAAGAGGAGGAGGAGGAGGAGGAGAGGAAGUCCAUGCAGUACUGGAGCCAGCGGGAGGACGGAGAAGGGGAGGGUGGUGGCGGCGGCGGCGGUGGGGGGUCGGGAGGAGAGGGGGCGGGGCCAAGCGGCAGCCAGGCGGAACGGAAGAGGAAGCGGGAGCGCAGCGCAAUGCGUGCGGCGUUCUUCCUGGUUCCUCUGGUGCUGGCCAUGCUGAUGGUGCUGCUCUGUGCCUUCCUCAUCCCCUGCCAGAAGGCGGAGCGGCAGCCGCAGUGGGAGCGGCCGGUGGGCGAGGCCGGAGGUGUCACUCCGCCAGCGCUGGCCUUAUGGGAUGUCGACGGGGACGCAGUCGAAGAUGUUCUGCUGGGGGAGACCGAACGAACAAACGACACCCACCCCCUCCAGGGAACCAAAGUGUACAGUGCGGUGGCCCUCUCGGCCACCAGCGGUCAGGUCCUGUGGCGGCAUGGGAUGCGGGAGUCUGUCUUGUACAUCCAGUGCGGGCUGCAGUACCAGGCAGACCCAGUGCCCCUCCCAGCAGGGGGCGCCGCCCUGAGAGCCUACCCCGAGACCGCGCCCCUCCUGGUGGGCCAGAGAGAGAGGGCAAGCGGGCCCGUCUGCCUCCUCAUCACCAAGAAGUUCCUCACCGCCGUCAACGGGACCACAGGUAAACAGCUAUGGUCGGUUCUCCUGGAGAGCAUCGAGUCCCAGGCGGUCCUGCUGCCAGACCUACAGGGAGACACUGUCCCAGACCUGCUGGUGGCCACGCUGCCUGCCGACCAGGUGUCAGACCUCUCGCUCACCUUGCUGUCAGGGCUGACCGGAGCCAAGCUUGGGCGCCCAGUGACCUUUAACCUCACAGCACAGGGCAAGCUGAUUGGUCCCCUUCUGCACCAGACCCAGCACGGUGCCUACUACAUCCUGUUUGGACUCGGUACGGUGGAGGCUGUGUCUCUCUCGGACAUCUACUUGCGUGCCAAAGACGAAGCACCGCUCAGCGACUUGCUGCGACAGAAGGAAGCCGACUGGGAGAGACUGAAGAAGACCAACUCCUCCUCCUUCCUGCACCUCUACAGCGGGACGGAGCAGGUGGACUUCCUCCUCCCCAUGUCGGUGGGGUUCAGUAACAACCACAACAGCCUGGACAGCGGGACCAACCGGAACUGGACGCGGGGAGACUGGGCCCUCGUGUACGGAGCCAGCAAGCUGUCGGUCCUCCGGGAGCGGGACGCCCACCGGGAGUGGAUCUUAAACGAAGCGCCCAUCCACAGUCAACCGGUGUCGGGUCACUUCAACGGGGACGGGAUCCCAGACCUCUUCAUCCAGCAUUCAGCCGACGGUGUCAGGAAGGUGCAGAUAGUGGAUGGGGCAAAGGGCAAAAUUCUGUGGAAGGCUGAGUUUUUAUGUCCGCGCCUUGUGUUGGAGGCGUCGGCCAUACAAACCACCAUGGGCCUAUCCUCUUUCCUCUUCUGGGCCAGCCAGCCACUCACAGCCAAGAAGAGCCCUACAAAGACCACUGUGGCUCCAGGAGUAGCGUCAGCUGAACCCCUCAUCAGGAACCUGUUCCUGCUCCAUCCUACGUAUCCCACAAUCCUCCUGCAGCUCGCCAGCACAACGGACACAGCAGUGGCAGGCGCAGUGAGUUACCAAGAGCCCCAGAGGGACGCGUCCUACAUCACGGUGUCAUCGCGGCCCGCCCUGGACUCUGAGCCCGGGGCCCAGGUGGUGAAGAGGCUGAGCCUGAAGGACGCCAUGUCUAAAGCCCAGACGGUGAGGCUGAACGAGGGCUCCGGGGCCAAGGGCCCCUCGAAACCCGGGGCCUUCGAACUCAAAAGGUUCUUCAGACAACUCGGCUUCAGGCCCCAGUGAUGCUUCCACGGUGACCGUCGAGAGACACUGAAAAGGUACAUGGUUGUGAAGACGCCAACGCCAGAAGGAGACACUAGUACAAUAUGGUACUCCAUGUACUGCAUGGAAUACUAGACCCCAAGACCUGAGGAUUUCUCUGAAAGUAUUUAUUUUGUAUGUAUUGAAUUUUCCAUUGAUGUUUUUAUUACUCAUUUCUUCCUUACAAGAAAAGUUGUUCACUUGAAAUUAUUUGAUCGAAAUAUUUAUUAAGAAUGUUUUCAACUAAUUUAUAAUGUAGAAAUGGCUUGAUCUUAAUUGUUUGAUGAGAAUGUUUGAACGUAUUUAACAUGUGGCUAAGGAGAGUUUUCUUAAUACUUGAAACGGGAGCACAAUGACGGUACUGGAUAGAAACUGGAAACCUUUCUGUUGCUGCAUCUCUCGUGUUUCUGUUGCAAUCUACUAGUUUAAGUAUAUGGUAGUACAAGUACACGGCCUGUAAUGUUACAAAUAAGGCCUGUACUAAUAUACAUACGAGUAGUAGUACACGGCACAACCAUUCCUGUUGAUAUACAAUCUCAAUAGCUUGCACUUCAUUCCCCCACUAUUGGUGCCACUGACGAAUAGUUAAGUAUUGUGUAUAUAUUUGACUGCUGUACAGUAUUAAUUCAUUUUGCUUUAACAUUUAAAGAAACGAGUAAUGUUCGAGAAACAUUAUCAGCCUUGUUUUUUCGUGUUCAUUUUACUAAACUGGAGACUGAAAAUACCAUUUUGGAACACGUGUAAUAAAAACAAAGGACUCCUGCA